GUAGCAUACCGAGACAACCUGUGUCAGAGCCUCACCGCGCGACUCCUGCCGCUUUCUCCCUCGACCUCAAUUAUUCGGGACUCGCUCCGGCUUUUCCUCCUCGGGAGAACCCCCUCACCCCGGCCGCCUCGAGCCCUGCAGGGGCGGGGCCUCCUCAUCCCACCUUUGACGGGGGUUCGCGCUCUCCGCAGUGCCGCGGGGCGCCGCCUCUCCCAUGCCGCCCUCCGGGCUGCGGCUCCUGCCGCUCCUGCUGCCGCUCCCGUGGCUACUGGCGCUGACGCCCGGGAGACCGGCCGCGGGACUCUCCACCUGCAAGACCAUCGACAUGGAGCUGGUGAAGCGGAAACGCAUCGAAGCCAUCCGUGGCCAGAUCCUGUCCAAACUACGGCUCGCCAGUCCCCCGAGCCAGGGGGAGGUACCGCCCGGCCCGCUGCCCGAGGCCGUGCUCGCUUUGUACAACAGCACCCGCGACCGGGUGGCAGGCGAGAGCGCCGACCCGGAGCCCGAGCCGGAGGCGGACUAUUACGCCAAAGAGGUCACCCGCGUGCUAAUGGUGGACCGCAACCACGCAAUCUAUGACAAAACCAAAGACAUCCCACACAGCGUGUAUAUGUGGUUCAACACGUCAGACAUUCGGGAGGCAGUGCCGCAGCCCCCGUUGCUGUCCCGGGCAGAGCUUCGUCUGCAGAGGUUCAAGUCCAGUGUGGAGCAGCACGUGGAACUCUACCAGAAAUACAGCAACAAUUCCUGGCGUUACCUUGGUAACCGGCUGCUGACCCCCACCGACACGCCAGAGUGGUUGUCCUUUGACGUGACUGGAGUUGUACGGCAGUGGCUGAACCAAGGAGACGGGAUACAGGGCUUUCGCUUCAGCGCUCACUGCUCUUGUGACAGCAAAGAUAACGUCCUGCACGUGGAAAUCAAUGGGAUCAGUCCCAAACGUCGAGGUGAUCUGGGCACCAUUCAUGACAUGAACCGACCCUUUCUGCUCCUCAUGGCCACCCCGCUGGAGAGGGCCCAGCAACUCCACAGCUCAAGGCAGCGCAGGGCCCUGGAUACUAACUACUGCUUUAGCUCCACGGAGAAGAACUGCUGUGUGCGACAGCUGUAUAUUGACUUCCGGAAGGACCUGGGCUGGAAGUGGAUCCAUGAGCCCAAGGGCUACCAUGCCAACUUCUGUCUGGGGCCCUGCCCCUACAUCUGGAGUCUAGACACACAGUACAGCAAGGUCCUCGCCCUCUACAACCAACACAACCCAGGUGCUUCCGCGUCCCCGUGCUGCGUUCCUCAGGCGCUGGAGCCCCUACCCAUCGUCUAUUACGUGGGCCGCAAGCCCAAGGUGGAGCAGCUGUCCAACAUGAUCGUGCGCUCUUGCAAGUGCAGCUGAGGCCCCGCCCCCGCCCCGCCCCUCCCGGCAGGC